UUACUAUUUUGUGAACUUUCCUUUUCUUAUGAAAUCAUAUUAUGUAUACAUAUAUUUUUCGUUUUUAAAUUAUUUUUAAAACUUUAUAAAUGUUUCCUUUUUAUUUAUUUUGUUAUUUGGAAAAUUUUAAAAAGGAAAUAAUAAUAUUUGAAAGUACUUUUUUAUUUCAUUAUGGGUAUCGUAGUAAUCAACCAUUGUGAGAGUGAACGUGAGCGCGACACAUAGGAAAGUGACAUCUCAAAUAAUAUUAUAGAGAUAGGAUAGUUAUAGUACGAAUUUGCUGAUUGAUAAGCUUUUGAUUAAUUAAAAGAAAGCAAAAACGUAUGGAAUAUUUCUACCCACUUAUCUAUCUGUUACGCAAAACUGAUGAGAGUUGGAAGUACGGGAAACAAGGAAGGCAAAUGUUGGGAUAAACAUGACAUUUAAUUAUUUUAAUCAUUUAGCUUUACUGAUGAUUAAGUCGGAUUAGUUUAUUUAAACAUACAUUAUUAUAUAACUAAAAAGGACAAAUUAAUCGGAAGUCCUAACUCAAAAGCAUAUGAUAAAAGGAAUCUAUCCCGUGCCAUAUGCGCAUCUUCUUUCCUAUUGAUCAAUAAGAAGUAUUUUCUCUCCUUUUCCUCCUAUGAAUGUAAAUAUACACCUCUAUGAAUAUAAAAAAUAAACCCUAGUUAACGACUGUAUGAUUUUUAUCGGUACUUUCAAACUAGAGUUUGACAUUGUUGCUUGGGUUUGAAUGCCUAUCUCACAUUUAUUACAACUUGUAUAUAAUCCCUUUUUUUUUUUUUGAACUUAGAUAAUCCCAUAUUAAGAGAAGAGUAAACAAACCUACGCGAACUCCAAAUCUUAUCCAUAUAAAAAAUUUAAACAUUACAUAUGCCACUAAACUAAAUUACUUUACCUACAUAUCCACCCACAUAAAGUCUAUCAAAACCACAUAUAUCGCUUAAUGGCUAAGACAACAAAGUACAAAUUCAAGGUGGUGCAUGUAGCUCUGCCUUUUGGGGUGAUUUUAUUAUGUUUUUAAUAUAUAGAUUCGACUUUAGCUUUUGUGUGAUAAUGUUGUAAAUGCGACUAACGAUCAACUUAGUUAUAUCAAACAUAAAUAAACAUAGACUGGUAUUUUGUAGCCUCAACUUUGAAGGUAUUUCCAUACCGUGUAGAGACGUAGAGUUUUUGGGGUUUUUAAAAAGUUCGUUAUAUACGAAAGGAAACUUCUGAAGUCAAACGAUAUAAUGGGGAUGAUUGGUUGGGGCUGUAGAUGCUCUGGACAGCCAAAAUUUAGUCUACAGCUAUAUAUCUCAACCAAUCGAGCUUUGCUUUCCUUAAAAAGCUCACAGCAAAAUAAUCUCUGCAAAAUCAAAAUAUGGCUGUAGAGAGCUUUAUUUCCAGAGCAAAAAAAUAGUGCUUUAGAAAUCUACAGCAAGGAAAGCUACAGCAAAUAAAUCUACAGAUUAAAUUCUACAGCAAAAAAUAUAAAGCUACAGCACUUACCAAUCAUCCCCAAUAUCAAUAGAGCAAUUUCACCAACCAUACGUUCUUUUUAUAAUAUUUUGGAUCUGGCAUGGAUCGAUUUCCCCCAAAAAACUUUCAAAACAAAAGGAAAAAAAAAAGAUACUUCAUGUGUUCAUAUAUAAAUAGUUUUAAACAAAAAAAAAUUGUUUCAGAAUAUACAUAAUUUUCAUAUUUCACUGUAGUUUUUUAUUUAUUGGAUGUUGUAUAAUCAAUUAAAUAAUAUUUAUUUUUUAUAAUUAGUUGAAUUUAUUAAUUAGAUAUUUUGAAAAGGUAACAAAAAGUAUAUAUUUACGUUAUUCCUCCUAAACACUCUCAUUCAUUCAUUUGUAUUCUAUACAUUGUACAUGUGUAAAAUUCAGUUAUUUUAUACUAUAAGAGGAUGGUAUAAUAUAAUAAAAAAAACAAGAUUCAAUAUUGGGGUACUAAUCAGUAAUCAAUAACCAAACCCACUUUAAUGUUGAAAAAAAUAAACAAAAUGCAAUCGGUAGAAGUCAAACAAAGAUGGAGGAGGAAUCUGUAGAAAGGAGAGGCCCGGAGAAGGAGGGAACGUGAGAGGACACGUGGCAGAAGUAGAAGUGUGGUCCAAGGAAAAAGGAGUAUUAGGGAGACGACACGUAACAAAAUUAGUAAGCAUGCCCAUGUGGCCUCUUAAAUUUACAUCACUCCUUUCACUUGCGUGGAACUCGUCUUUGUCAAUCACUUUCAUUCCUUCCUUCGUCAUUAGUAUUCUUUUAAUAAGUACUUACUUACAUUAAUAGUAGGAUAACUAUUUGUUUGUGUAAAUAAAACAAGUAAACAACUACUUCAAUCUCGUUUAUGUAAACAUAACCGGAAAACUUGCAACAUAACCGGUUAUGUACACCUCUUAUCUGAUCUUGAUCGUACGUGUAAUCCAUACCAUAUUAUUAUUACAUGCAUGUGCUUCCACAUUAACAAAUACCGUUCUUUCACGAAACUAUCUAUAAGUUUUAUCUACAAACACGUUCGAGUUGAGAUAUACGUGUGCAUAUAUAUCUAGAUUAAGCGAAUCAAAUUAUAGAAUGUGACGUAAUAAACUUGUAUAAGAGACAAUAUGAUGGCCCGACAGCGGACACCAUUUAUAAAAUCACAUUUAUACGUCUGGAAAAGAACUUUAACAUAUGUGAGUUGUAUGAUGUGUCUCCCUCCAAUUGUGAGAAUAGCUAUGGGGGGAGGUGGGCAUACAACCAACAUAACUUUAUCCGUUUCAUAUUAUAAUUGGAUGAAGAAAAUCAACCUACAUUACCCGAAUAUCUUAAUUCAAAAUAUCAAAGACGACAUGGUUAUAAAUAUACCGAGAUAAAUCUUCUAUACAUGGUUUAAAUUAGAUUUUACGGUCCAACUGACAUCUUUAAUCUCCUCCCUUCAAGUCGUAUUUUGGUAAAAAUAAAAUAAAAUACCAAGUUACGUGAAAUACUUUUGGCACUUCGAUUAUCUCUUAGAGCAACAUUAAUGGUUAAGUUUCUCACCAAAAUUUCUACACGUUAUUAUAACAAUAUUUUAACAUAUUUAGUUUUGUAAUUAAAUUUUAAUGUUUAAGAAAAAUUGUACCAAUAAUCAAGUGGUAAGUGGAGAUAUGGUACCUUCCCAAAACUCCAACGUUUCUUCUGUGACAAUCGAUUCUCAUGUUUCUCAUAUUCUCUUUCAUAUUUUUCUGUUCUUUUUUUUUUUUUUUUUUUUUUUUUUGAUCAAAUCAUAUUUUUCUGUUCUUUAUUAAUAUUUAUCUUGAGGUACUUUACAAAGAAACUAUCGAUGAUGGUGCUCUUAUUGUUUUUUAACCUGCAACAAAAGUACAGUAGCUAAGUUGAAUUUUAUCGCCGUCCCCUUUUGAAGGCCUCGUGAACCUCACGUGCAUAGCCGUCACUCAAUGUCGGAAUACACUUUCCUUAUCUUCUUCUGUGAACUAUUUAUUUCUUCCUAAUUAUAUACCUUCCUAUGAUUUCUGUUCGUUUCCUAGUUCUUUCGCAUUACACACAUAAAAAAGGCACACUCUAUAACCUUUAUUCUUUUUUUUUUACCAAGUGUCCAUUCUUCUACAAUGAAAGUGUAGACUACUAUUUCUUUUCUUUUUUAACAACAUGUACUAUUUAAAACCUACAAUCAUGUCAACUAUAUAUAUAUAUUUGCUUGGAACCCCUUAAAAGCAGGCGCAAUGCAUGUUAAAGGAAUAUACAAGUUCACAAAGCCUUCGUUGAAUUUGUAUUUGGCUUAGUAUGCGUAUUUCAUUUAGAUAUAUUUUCCUUACAACUUUGAAAUACUUUUACAAAAUAUGACCGUAGGUCUCACACACCUUUAACGUUCGAUGAUACGCGCAAGUCUCAAAAUAUUUAUGUUUUUAAUUUAAGGUAACAUGAUUCUAUAUGAAUUUUGUUUUCCGGCGUUAUGAUAAUUUAUGACAGAAGAAAUUCCGUUAGCCUGAUGAACAGAAGAGUGUUUAGUGGUUAGCAUGCGCAUACGUACAACGCAAAGGAGGUCAUGUUCAGUUAAUCGCACGGCGGAUUAUUAUAACACUCUUGAUGAAGCAAAAUUCAGAACGAUGAUGUUUCAAAUAAAUUAGUAAAAAAGAAAAUUCGGGAAGAUUCGUGGUUAUAUAUUUAUAGUCACUACAUAGUAGGUAGUGUAAAAUAAUACUCAGUAGGGAAAACGGGAAAAGGAGGAGCAUGUUGCUUUUCAAAUGGAAAUGGGUGGUCUCGAGCUCCGAAAACAAAGAAAGAAAAAUCCCUACAAAAUUGACUAAUUAACAGUAUGCUAAAACAAGCAAAGACAAAGACAGUUUGUGUAUACAGAUUGUAGACAAACACGAAUUAUAUAAAACACAAAACACAUUAAUAUCCAAUAGUUAUCCACAUGAUCGAAUCACUUGAUUACUUCAGAAUUUAGUCGCCUUCGGGAUCCACACCACGUCUCUUGUCCUGAAUAGUCAGCCACCUUAUUUCUAUGUUUUACUACUUCCGUUAUAAUGAAAAUUAUGAUGAAAUGCGGCUUUCCUCUUAUUUUCUUAUCAUAACGAGAAUUCAUUACUUUUAAAGUUUCAACUUGAAACUUUCAACUAUUACUUGCAUCUUAUAUCUAAGAGCAUGAAAAUGUUUAUUUUAUAAUUUUUUGAUUCAGUUAAUAAAAAUCAAAAUAAAUAAUUUUAUUUUAUUUCAAACACUUUUGUUAAUCACUUAUAGAAGAAAUAUAUAAAUAGUGCUAAAAUUUGAUUUUUUUUGUUUUUUUCUUAUGUUAUGUAAAAAAAAUAUUAUAUGCUAAUGUUUAGUUUACAUUAAAUAGUAAUUAUGUUACUAAAACAAAAUAAUUGAAUAACAUUAGUAUAUAUGAAAAAGUGAAAAGGUUAUUAUUAAUUAAUAAUAAAUUGGAUAUAUAAUUUAUUUAGAUAUUUUUUUACAAAGAGAAAAUGAAGCAAACAUUUGAAGUAAAUGUUGUUUCAUUUUGAAGAAAAUAAACUUUGAAGAUAAAUAUAUAGUCAAUCACUCGAUAUGUGCUAAAAAUAUCUCAAUAACUGAACAUAUACAUAAGUGCAUCAUCCUCGAAUGUUUACCCCCGGAGAAUAUAAAAUAUUUUUUUGAACAACAGAAUAUAAAAUAUCUAUAUUUGAACACGUAUAUCAUACUCACAAAAGCAUUUUAUAUUCAACGCACUGUCCUAAUUAAGGGAAAUAAAUAAUAGAUGGCAUAAGUGUAAAUAAAGCAGGGAAAAUAACUCAAGAAUAAUUAAGGUCAUAAUCUUCCAGCUUAUAAAAAGCAUCUCAUAGGACUCAAACCUUACCCAAAGUCAUUUCCUAUUGUAUCAUUCUCCUUCAAACAUAGUCAGAUAAAAACAGCAACUCUUGUCUGAAAAAAACUAGAGAGAAAGAGAGAGAGGAUAAAGAAUGGAUCAAACGGUACUAAGCUCUCAAGUGUACCCAUACACGAUCCAAACCCAAAGCGAGUGCAUCAUCGUGAACCAGAUCGAUGGAUCAUCAUCAGGCGACGGAUCAAAGCCAGUGAAACGGCGGAGGAAGAGGAGAAGCAAAGGGUCGUCAUCAGCCACCAACGAAGAUGACGUAAGGGCGAUGGAAAGGAUGUUUAGGAAGAGGAAGUUGACCGAUGAGCAAGUGAUUAUGCUAGAAUAUAGCUUCGAGAACGAGCAUAAGCUUGAGUCAGGGAGGAAAGAGAAGAUUGCGGGAGAGUUAGGCCUUGACCCGAGACAGGUGGCUGUAUGGUUCCAGAACCGCCGUGCAAGGUGGAAGAACAAGAAACUCGAGGAAGAGUACGCUAAACUCAAGAGCCAACACGACUCAGACGUCCUCGGCCAAUGUCAGCUCGAGUCUCAGGUGAUAAAACUGACAGAACAACUGAGUGAAGCUCAGAAUGAGAUACGAAAACUUUCAGAACUUGUUGUUGUCCAAGAAACAUCAACAAACAGUUCAAGUUCAUCGUUUUCUAUUGAAGCCAAUGAUGCACCAACUGAUUUCGAAUUUUCACCGAUGGAUACUAUCAAUGACAACAUUCCAUUAUACAUGUUGGAUAAUAACUAUUAUUUACAAAACAUGGAGUAUUGGGAUGGUUUGUAUGUGCAAUUUUAACAGCUUAAGUAAUUUGAAGUCUUAAGGAUGAAAAACAUGUUGUAGAGGUAAUGUAGAAAUGGAUGUUGGCCACUGUUGUAAAUGUAAUGUUUUAAGUAUCUAUUAUAAUAUAUAUAUAAAAUGGUUAUUCUAGUUUCAUACAUAUAAAAAUCUGAUAUGCCUACUUCCAAAGCAUGCAUAAUUUAACUUUCACUGUUACCAAAUUGGUCAGCUGAAAACAGUAGGCAUUAUCUGGUGUGGGGGGCUCAGUUAUUACCGUGACAAAAGCAAAAGGAGGAGGAGUCAGCGAUAUGUGUGGCCUUUGAAGCUGGUGUAACAUAAGAGACGACGGCGGUGAUGUCAUCAAGCUUUCCUCCGUAAAACCUGUAGCCAGCCAGCCUCCUGAGCCACGUCUGCGAAAGGACUCUGCCGUUGUUUGGGGUCUAAUCCGGGCCUAACGGAAACAUCUGUGAUCUCAUCGUUGUAGAGGUUAUCAUAGGCGACACCAUCCGUUCCCGCCACAAUCACAUCAAUCAUGAAUACAAGCAGUGGAGGAGCCCUUUGGCUGUGGUUUGAGAAUGUGCUUUCUCUAACACCAUUAACGGGUCAACAGAAGAAUCCUUCUUAGCCUGUUCUCUAAUAGCCAGCCAGCCAGAAGACUACUUGACUUGACUUGACUUGUAGAAGAGAACCAGAAGCAGCAGACAUGAGGGCUCCUCCUCUCCUUCCGGAAUCAGAAAACAAUCUCCAGGGAGAAGAAGAAGCUCUUCUUACUUGUUGCAGCAAAAUGAGAGAGAGAGAGAGAGACCAGUUGAGAGGUUUAAUCUGGAUAGACAAAGUGGUGGUAGCUGACAUCUGAUUCUGAAUAAAAGAUAAACAUCUUCCACUGCUUAUGAAAAAUACAGACACACUUUAAAUUCAAAGAGCUACAUCUUAACUGGCUUUUCAGUCUUGAGAGAGAGAUUUAGGUUUUAUUAGUUUACGAUUGAACAAGUGAAAGCCCCACUCCACUCCACUGCACCGCACCAAACUCCUACUCCUCCUCCUUCAUCUCCAGCCGCUAGCUCUCCUCAUUCCUUGGGUCUUUCGAGUUCAUAUUAUCUUAUGUGUGAUAUAGCUUUGAGAGGUCUUCCUAUUAAUGGCCUUCCAAUAUUUAUGUAACCCACCUACUAGCCAGCCAGCCACACUAGUCUUUCCAAAUUCACUUGUUUUUUUAAAUUUUGAUUUUGCACUGCAACUACUCAAAUGAUUAAGGGAUCUUUCUUAUUUCUACUGAGUACUAGCAAUAACCUCUACUAGUAUGUUAAUAUGCAGAUUGAUUUUACCAGAUAAAUAUCUUCUAGGUAGAUUUGUCUGUGUAUAUAUGUCAUGUCUUCUCUAAGUCUUGAAAACAAAAAAAAAAAAAUAAUAAUAAGAGAUACCAUGGAAUGGAUAACUCCUACUAUGGAUGGACAUGGACCUACGAACGAUCAACAUUGUUUGGUCGAUUCUCCCAAUCAAAAUCACUGGUCAAGUCGAUUGGUACAUUUCAUUGGAUUAUCUGUCCAAAAUUAGGAGUUUUCGAAAAAUUGUCUUUUUGGUAAAAAUAUCCCCACACCUAACAAGCAAAGAUACAAAAGUAAAAGUCAUACCUCAUCUCCUUAUUUUUCCCUCAUCAGUGCAAAAAUUCGAUCCCACCGUCGUUACAAACAUCAUACAUUAAUAACACAAAUUUCAAUCCUCACCUCAUGAUGAUCCCCAAAAAAAUCGAAAAUUAACUGUUGUUGUUGUUUCUGCUAAGCUAUAAGCUUUAUGUACUUUAUGAUUAAAAUUCACACUGGGGGAACAACAACACUAGAGCUGCCUGCUGCUUUCACUAUUAAACAAAAAUACCAAAACAUAUACUCUUAUAAACUACACUCUUCUUCUACUCUCUCUUAGGAACUUGUUCUACCAAUGUCUUUGCCUGAAAACUCCCCCGCCGUCCCAAACAGAGCCGACAACCCUCCACCGGGGUUACUACUUCCAUUACCAACAGCUCUUCCCAAACCUAAAAAGUCAAGCGUUGUCUGUUUCGGACCACGACGGUGGAGCCGGAGGUUCUGGUCUCGUUGAAAGCCUUUGUUGCAGAUUUCGCACACGAAUCGGUUCUUUGCCAUCAGAGUUUUGGGUGACAAGGCUAUCACCUCCGCUUCUGGAUCUGUUGUUGCAACAAUAUGAGUAGUUUGGAAAAAAAAAGAAAAAAAAAGAGACAACGUACCAGGCAUUCCGGGGAGGUUCCGUGAGACGCUUCUUGCAUCCCCGGAUGAAUUAUCUAAAUCAACCGGCGGCAUAAAUCCUCAGACUCUGUUUUUCAGCUACCAAGUCAGUCAGUCUAUCAGCUUUUCGUUAUAAAAACAAACAAACCUUUUUUUUCCACCAAACCUUUUUUUUCUCAACUCUCUUCCCUAGAAAAGAUCAAAACCUCAUUGCCCGAGAAAUAUACUAAUUAUUUAACCCUCAACUCUCUCUCUCUCUCUCUCUCUCUCUCUCUCUAGUCUCUGUUUCAACGGCUUAGAUUCCACCGGAGUUUGAUCCACACCCAAGGCGGCUUCGUUUGUGAGACUUCUUCUUCUUCUUUUUUCGGGCUUCUUUUGCUUGUCCCAGACAAAGGAGCUUUCUUCAUCUUCUUCUUCUUUCUCUCUCUCGAUAGGGGACAAUUAUACUAUUUUUUUUUUCAACUUUUCUGCCUUGAAAAUAUAUUUAUUUAUUUACCUACAAUUUCUUUUAUACUUGUGUCGGCUUUCCUUUUUUUUUAAUAUUAUGAGUUUUGGAUUCCCAUGUACAAUAUUUUAAUUAAUACAAAUUCUUUUAUCCGCUGAGGAUUCCAGACCA